AUGCGUGAUAGCGUCGACAGGAAAGUUUCACUCGCUUUCGAGUCCGCUGACCGUGUGUGCGUGCGCGCGCGUGUGGCGGCAGGUUUCCGCUUCAACAUCCGCGAGGUGGAGAUGGGUACCCGUCGCCCCCUCAUCCUGCAGAUGAUGCAUCGCCCCGACGCCCUGCAGCCGCUUUGCCGCCUGCAGGACGAGCACUCCGACGCGUACGGCCCCGUGCUGCACCCGCUGUCCGCGGUGGCGGCGGCGCUCAAGCAGCGCACGCACGACCACCUUCUCGCGCUGCGUCAGCCCACCAGCGGAGCGCCGGCGGCGGGCUCCGCUGGCGCGAGUGGCGGCGGCGAGGCUGCGCGGGGGAGAGGUCCUAUAGUGAGCUCGAAGCCGAUCGUGAUGCGGGUGGAGUACGCCUUCUGCGCGUCGCUCACGCUCAUUGACACUCCUGGGUUCAUCCUCAAGGCGCGGCGAGGCGAGCCGGAGAGCACCCCAGCGGACAUAGAGGCGAUGGUGGUGGAGCUGAUGGCGCCGCCGCACCGCCUGAUAGUGUUCCUGCAGCAGAGCAGCGUGGAGUGGUGCUCCUCGCUCUGGCUCGACGUCGUGCGCCGAGCUGACCCCCAGCUGCGCCGCACUGUUGUUGUCGCCUCCAAGUUUGAUAACCGCCUCAAGGAGUUCUCAGAGCGGUGGGAGGUGGACCGCUACCUCAGCACAGGAGGCUACUUCCACUGCGCCACCUCGCCGUCCCCUGCCACUGCCACUGCCACUGCUGCUACCACUGCUGCUGCUGCCUCGCCAUUCGUGUCUCCCAGGCCUGCCCCUGCCUCCCAGGGGUUUGUUAGCCCUAGCAGUGCUGGCGGCGCCCCCCUGGCGCCCUUGCGAGGCCCCUUCUUCAUCGCGCUGCCCAAGGACACCAAGGACAGGGACAAGGAAAAGAGUGCCGCGGGCGCUGGCAGCACAGGCAGCACGGGGAGGGACGGGGGUGCGAGCGAGGGAGUGCAGGAGAGUGCGCAGCUGCGGCGGCAGAUAGCGGAGGUGGACGCGGCAGUGCUGCACUUCCUGCGCACGGAGGUGGCGGGCGGGUUUGACGAGCGCAAGUACGGCGCGCAGAUAGGGUUCGCCAAGCUCAAGGCGUUUCUGGAGGACGAGCUGCAGCGCAGGUACAGUGCAGCAGCGCCUGCCGUGCUGGCACAGCUGGAGCGGAGGUGUGCUGACGUGGCAGAGGAGGUGACGUGUGUGGAGCAGCGGCUGAGUGCAGCGAGUGACGUGGCGUCCAUGAGGAGACUGGCUAUGCGGCACGUGGUGGCCACCACUAGCGCCAUGCUAUCUCUGCUGGACGGGGCAGUGGAGCCCGACCCAUCUCAGUGGGGUCUCUCCACGCACGAGGAGCAGGCCGCCAGCACCGUGGGCCACUGGCCUGGAGUGCCCCCCCACGCCUUCGUACACGCUGCACGCGCCCUCAGGCGCUGCAAAGGGGAGCAUGGCGAGGUGGGGGAGGAGGAGGAGGAGGAAGAUGAGGAGGGCGAGGAGGGUGGCGAUGGGAGUGGGGGCAGCAGGGGCGGGGUGGUGAACGAGGGGCUACGGCUGUAUGGAGGGGCAGCGCUCAUGCGGGUCGUGCACGAGUUCAGCAUUGCUACCUGGGCCGUGCCCUGCCCCAACACGUCCCGAGAGAAGGUCGCAAACGCCCUCCUGGCGAAGCAGGCUGCUUUUGGGUCAAGUGGCGCCAGUGGCGUGUCAUCAGCAGCAGUGGCGGCGACGGCAACGGAGGUGGCGCGGGCAGCAGUGCUGGCACGCUUUGCCCCGCUCAUGGACGCCCUGUGUGCGCGCAUCGCCUUCCUGCUGCGCCGCCUCCUUGACGUCGCCCUGCAGCGCGUCAAGUCCGAAAGCCAGGCCAAGCCAAGUCACCACUCGGGCUUCUUCCAGUCACCCGCAGCCCAGCAACAAGCCCACAACUCUGCUGCACCAUCACCCGUGGCAACGCUCCCGCCAGCCGUGGCACUGGAGCCGUUCCUUGGGUUCCAUGCGGCCCUGCGGUCUGCCUACGACGCCUUCCUCGCCUCGCUCUCCUCGCGCUGCCGCCACCUUGCCCAGCACCACGUGCGCUCCGCUGCCUGCCACCUGCUGCCGCCCGCUGCUGCUGCUGGCAUGCCUCAUGGUGCACCCAUAAUGCCUUCUGCCCCGUUGGGCCUGCACCUCCCCCUGGACCUCCAGAGCCAUACGCCCCUGCCCUAUGCUGCUGCACGUGCAGGGAAGGAGGGCGGGGUUGCAAAGGCAGCAGCAGCCGCAGCAGCAGUAGCAGGUGCAGAUGAGAAUGCUGGGAGGACUGAGAGGGGGGCCAUGCCUCGGCAUGGGCGGAUUCCCCUGUAUCCCGCUCGUGCUGCUGCUGACAACAUGGCCAGUGCGAGGGGGGAGUCCUACACAACGCCAGUUAAAGGUGGUGCUGCUCCCAUGUGCGCCGCAGGUGCUGGUGGGGGUGCAGAUGCACAGGCACUGCGGGAGUGUCAUAUGACUGUUCCUGAGACGCCCUCGCCUGACCUGCAUGCCAGGGAGCAAGCAACAGCCGCAAAGUGGAAGGAGUAUGCAGAGAUCAGUGGCCGGCUGAUUCUGGCUGGUAGUGGGCUGGCUGGUUCAGGAGGAGCUUUGACGGGGCAAGGGGCAAGGCAGGCAGGUGGCGGUGGGAGGGAAGCAGGCAGGGAGGCAGGGAGCGACGGGACAGGGAACGGACGUGCAGGAAGGGACGAGGCAGUGGUUGGAGCCGGGGGGUGUGGCGAGCGGGUAGGGAGGAAUGAGCGAGGGGAAGAGCCAACAAUGAAGAGUGACUGCGAUGUGGGCAGUGGCAGGGGCAGCAAGCGCGGCGUGAGUGGCGUGCUGAAUGACCCACACGCUGGGGUGGGAUGUAAGAAGAGACAGGAGGGUGGUGGACGGGGUGGUGGGAAGGAGAUGGCGGAGGGGGGUGGGAGGAGCAGGUCUGGGUACAGUCGGGUGAAGGAGAUGGUGGAGGUGGAGUUCCAGGGCAUGAAGAUGACCCUCGCCUCACAUGCGCCCUUUGCCAUCCUCUCAGCCUUUGAAAUGCCUUUUCGUGAGGGUGUGGCAUCAUCGCUGCUGGAGGCGCUGUUCGCGAGGUGUGAUGCUGACGUGAUGGCCAUGUUCACUGCACCUGCCGCAGUCAAGAAGAUGCAAGCCGAGCGAGACGCAGCGCGGCAGAGGAUGGAGUCUCUCACAAAGUGCCUAGAGGACUUCCGGUCGGCGUGCGAGUCAAUCCAGUGA